AUGCCGGACACUAAAAACGAUGUGGAAAACACGCGUAAAUUUCUCAAAUCACGCUUGCUCACUGAUCGGGCAUCGUUUCAUGGUUAUGAAGACGAAAGGCAACACAUUCACGAUCUGCUAGAGCGCACCGCGGAACAUGGUGAAUCGAAUAGUGCGUUACUGUUGGGCCCGAGAGGAAUUGGAAAGACCACUCUCGUAACAUCCGUAUUGGCCGAACUGUAUGUCAAAGAAUCGUUCCACCGCAAUAGCCUGAUCGUGUACCUGAACGGAUCGAUUCAUAUUGACGACCGGCAAGCUCUGAUAUCGGCAACCGCACAGAUGAAUCUCGAAAAUGCCGUUGACGGAAAGGUGUUUGGAUCGUUUGCAGAAAAUCUAGCCUUUUUGCUCGAGUGUCUCAAAGCGGGCGAUCGGAAGAAAUCGAAAAGCGUCAUCUUUCUGUUGGAGGAAUUUGAUCUGUUCUGUUCGCACCACAACCAAACGCUGUUGUACAAUUUAUUCGACGUUGCACAGUCCGCCCAGGCACCGAUCUGUGUGCUUGGCAUUACAGCGAGGUUGGACGUGAUCGAACUGCUGGAAAAGCGCGUGAAAUCGCGUUUUUCUCAUCGGCAAAUAUUUCUCCUCCCGAAUGAAGAUGAUUUCGAUGGACGCUUGGAACUGUUUGAAAGUCUGCUAAAGCUUCCCACCGAACAGGAGUUGCGCAAGUUGGAUUCCACACAUCCUUCCAUUUCCGAUUCCGAAGUAUUCAACAAUGAAGAAUUCACACUGCUGCGCAAUCUGUUCAAUCCAAAACAGUUCAGCAUCGGAUCGAAAUGGGUAACGCAGUGGAAUCGGCAUAUCGAUAAGCUUGUGAAAAAUGAUGCUGUACAAACGGUACUGCGACGGAUAUACGAUUACGAUGUACUGGAAGGGCCGUUCCGCAUGUUACUGUUUGAACUGGUAGGUGAGCUGGAUGAGGUGCAUCCAAAUAUUACCGUCGAGUCGAUACAGCACUUAGGGGAAAACUAUGAAUCGGACGAUAAAUUGAAGCUGUUGAUGGGACUAUCGGUGUUGGAGAUGUGUCUGAUCAUUGCAAUGAAGCAUCAUUCAGAGAUUUACGAUCGAGAACCAUUCAACUUUGAGAUGAUUCUUACACGCUUCGGAAAGUGGGCCAACAGCAGCUCGAGCAUGAUGGGCAUCGAGCGGCCAGUUGUACUGAAAGCAUUCGAACACCUUAAGCAGUUGGAGUUUAUCGCACUGACUACGACUGGAAGCUUGUCGAAGGUGCAAAAAGAAUAUCAGGUACAUCAAUUGCUACUUACGCACGGACAAAUCCAUCAGGCGGUCCAGCGUAUGCAGCUUUUGCCUACCGAAGUAAGCCAAUGGGAACAGAGCUCACUCGUGUAA